AUGAUAAAAGCACUUAAUCAGGAUGGGAACGAAAAGCGGGUUCAAUCCAUAGUCUUUUCCGGACACGGAGGAAGUUUUGAUAUUAACAAUGACCCUCAUGUUUUCUUAAUCAUUGACAAGCAAGAAGCCCUUGAUUAUUUUUUUGAGUGGGGCGGAGAGGAAUUUACCGCUGUUGCCCUUACUGACAACCACAUUAUUAACCAGGAAAAUUUUUCCCAACUUCGACAGUUUAUAAAUAGUCCUACGAGUUACCUUUAUUUUACUGAUGAGGAAAUUAAUACUCACAUAGAUAACUACCAAAACCAGCGUCUGGACGGGGGAGAAAAUAAUAAUCCUGCUUGUCAAAGAUUUGCGGAAAUUUACGAAGACGCCCAACGUCUUUUAGAAAUUGAAGCAGCCUGA